AUGGAGCUGGAUCACAAGGAAAAGGAUCAGCUCGAGCAGCUGCGCGAGGACCUCAAGUGGUCCAAAGAGCAGCUGUCAGCUAAGAGCGAGGAGGUUCGCGCCAAGCUCUCCGAAGCGGCCGAGAUCAAGGCGGAGGUCGAGAAGCGCCAGGCCAAGAAGCGCAAGAACAAGAACGGCGAGGCGGCCAGCGACGAGGCCAAGUCCAAGCUGAUAGCUGAGACGGCCUCGAAGCUCUCGGCCGCCAAGUUCGAGGCGCAGCGCAUGGCCUUCGCCAAGGGCAAGGGCCAGGGCACCCAGGCACCCACUAUUGGCAAGGGCAAAG